UUCAGAUCUUUGGUAGAUCUCUUCAAAAUAAAAAAUUGGAUUAUUGAUUUCGUUCCCCUUUGUUUACGUAUAUGAUCUGAUAUCUUAAAAGAGGUCAUCGAUCAGAUGCAAGGGGAAAAUAUUGAAGGCAGCGCGGGGACGACGCAUCCUGCAUGCGCUGCAUGCAAGCAUCAAAGAAAGAAGUGCACCGAGGAAUGCGUAUUGGCACCCUAUUUUACAGCGGAUAGAAGGAGAGAAUUUGAAGCCGUUCACAAGGUUUUCGGCGUCGGCAACGUGACAAAGAUUGUGAAAAGUCAAAGGGAGGAAGACCGGAAAAUAGCGGUGGAUUCCUUAAUAUGGGAAGCUUCGUGUAGGCAGAAAGAUCCGAUCUUGGGUUCUUAUGGAGAGUAUAGAAAGGUUUAUGAUGAGCUUAACCUGUGCAAAAGGCAAAAUUACCAAAAUCAAGUGAUGCAAUUAUCAGGGCAAUGGGGUAGUACUACAGGCUACAAAGCGGCACCGGGAUUGAAUAUUGGAUGGAGUGCUGGGAGUAAUGGCAUAAAUAAUAAGGGACUGAAUAUUAACUCGUUGAGUUGCAUUCAUGAUAAUGAACAGUACGGCAUCGUUGAUCCUUCUAAUCCGUAUUCUUAUACAGCUUUAAAUUAUGAAGAUAGAGCAGCAAAGCAAGAAAAUCAUGGUGGUGGUGUUCCACUCAUGCAGCAGAACUCGAUCGAUGGAUUAAUUAACCAACAAUACUAUGUUCCAGGUCAAUUUAAUUAGCCCCGCCCAUCAAUGGCAAGACGACAGAUCAGAUCAUCAUAUGCCACGAUUGUUUUUUGGUUCCGGACCGAUCAAAGGCAAUAAUUGAAUAAUAUUCAUUUUUUCCG